AUUCUCUUCUUACUUCCUCCAAACUCCGAAGCCAAGCCCUCCUCCUCCUCCUCCUCUCUUAUGGAAGAAGGAAUCAUCUUAGACUGUGAAGCUGCUCGAGCCUCCUCCCCCUCCUCUUCUACUACCUCCUACACCUCAAUUACCACCUCUUCUUCUUCUUUUUCUUCUACGACAUUCUUGGGUCGUCCAAAUUCCUCAGCGGAAUUGGACACAACUCAGAAGAUUUCAACUGAGAUCACAAGUCAACAGGGCUUAAAGGAAGUAGUAGUGCAAGAAGUGAAAGAUGAGAAUGAAAGCAGGAAGCGACAAAAGGCCAGCAGCAACGUUAACGACGGGAAGCACCCUACUUAUCGUGGAGUCAGGAUGCGUAAUUGGGGCAAGUGGGUGUCUGAAAUCCGUGAGCCAAGAAAGAAAUCAAGAAUCUGGCUAGGGACGUUCCCCACUCCAGAGAUGGCCGCUCGAGCCCAUGACGUUGCUGCGCUUACAAUCAAAGGCAAUUCAGCUUACCUGAAUUUCCCAGAGCUGGCUCAUGAGCUUCCCCGCCCGGCCAGCUCGUCGCCCAAAGACAUCCAGGCCGCCGCUGCCAAAGCAGCCGCGGCCACGUUUGACAAGCAAGCAACAGGUCGUGAAGUUGAAACUGAAGCCCAAAGCAAGCGGAGCAAACCAGGAUUUCCAAUUUCUGAUUACUCUCCAAUUCACACCACCACGUCGGACGACACCCCAGAAUUCUCAAUUUCUCCAUCCACAGACGAAGAAACGCUGUUCGACCUGCCUGAUCUAUUCCUCGACCACACCAUUAGUCCAAACAGGUUUGACUUCUCUUUAUCUUUGCUGUCGCCUGGAGCCGACUUGGGAUUACGAAUGGAUGAGCCAUUGUUAUUAUGGGAGUACCACACAGAGGUUCUCUAGCUAGCUCCUCAGCUUCCUGCAUGCACGCAUCUAACUUUCGAAUUUACCACAUUUGAGUUGCAAAUUACUCCUCCGUCCAAAUACAAAAGAAGCCCAAAUCGGGAAACGUUUACGUUUGUGAAACUUGGGGUUGGUUUCGCUGUGUUGCUUCUUAAUUCCACGCCUUCUUCUGAAGAUUUGCAGAGGGUUUUUGACAGGGAGAUCGACUCUCAGUUUCUGGCCUGUUUGCUAAUGUGCGCCCUGUGGGUGUGAUCGGGGCCUCAACCUACCUCUUUAUAGCUCAAAGCUUUAUAUAUAUAUUCAUAGAUGUAGAUAGACAGAUGCAAUAACAGUGACAUGUUUCUCUCUCUAGUGUAUAAGAGUGAAAUGGAAUGUAAUCCAAAGUUUUCACUGGAGAGGUGUCAUGGGCUUUGGUGCAGUACUGGUCCUACAUGCUUAAAUCUAGGAACCCAUCUCAAUGAACUGUAGAUGAAAAGCUUCAUGUGGUGACGAUGGGGUUUCGUCACCUUUUUUUAUUUCUAUAUAAAAUUCAAUUUGUAAAAGUUACUCUUGGGCAUGAAAGAACGAUCUGAAUCGAAUAUUUUUGCCU